GACAUUUCCAAAACUUUCAUUUUGGAGCACAGACUUUAUUUCUAGACCCGGUCUUUUACCUUCUGUGCCAAGAACAAUCAGUGCAUCUGUCAAAGAGUCGCUGUUAGAGGGCUGGUUACAAGCUGCGAAAACUGCUGGCAGUGUCAUGGACUACCGCGGCCUGUUAAUGACUUAUGUUCAACAACUUGUGAGAAAUCGAUCCUUAUCCAAGCUUUCCGACGUACUAAGUGACCUCAAGGAACAAGGCUAUGUUUGCGGAACAUUGCGCAGUGCCCUUAGAGAAGAUGUUGAAAAGAUAAUUGCUUCCGAUCCAGUGACAUCAUCGCUAGUGAAAUCGAAAGAAACGGGCGGUUUAGUGUUUUAA